AUGUUUGUGCUGUCUGAAAUUGAGGAUAUAAUAAAGGUUGAACCACGUCAAUUCUACAAGCCUAGCGCGAAAGCCAUUUUGGAUCAAAUCAACAUCAAAUAUUCUAACAAGAUCUUGCAGGAUGUUGGGCUGUGUAUAUGCGUUCAUGACAUACUCGAUUCCAGUGAAGGACGUAUCAGAUGGGGAGAUGGUUGUCUAUAUUAUACAGUCGUGUUUCGCCUGGUCGUGUUUCGGCCAUUUGCCAACGAAGUGCUCGUUGGGCGCAUAUCUUCUUCUUCCUCUGAUUCGAUCCGUGUGACGAUGGGAUUUUUUGAUGACAUUUACAUACCCCCACAUCUUCUUCCAAGUCCUUCUGCAUUUGAUUAUCAGGAGCAAGCAUGGUUCUGGCUCCUUGAUCCUGCGUCGGAUGCUCAUGUGGCCGACCCGCUUUUAUCUGCGCCCGAGGAGAGGAUGUACCUAGAUGUCGGCGAAAUUAUUCGGUUCGCUAUUGAAUCCGACACUUUUUAUGACCUCGAGCCAGGUCCUGCAGUGGGCGAGGGCAAGCUGGGCGAUGCGCCGUCUGGCGUCGGUAACAUUCCCGGCGACUCGAGCUCAAAGCGGGGUAAUUUUGCUUCAUACAAAAUCAUCGGCUCCAUUGCUGGACAAGGACUGGGUCUCGUGUCCUGGUGGGCGGGCGCCGAACAAGUGUCUGUAGAAUAG